AAUGACUAUUUUUUUAAAUGUUUUAUUAAAAAAUAAUCAUACGUCUGUAAGUUAACCAUUUAAAAGGUUACAAAAAAUGGAUAAACACCAGCCUAGUACGUCUCAACAAAAUAGACAAGAUAUGGAUGUGGAUAAUGAGUUGACCAAUAAAUUUUUGAGCGGUGAGAUGUCGUUUGCUGAAUAUUCAAGCGAAUGGUGCAACGGAGAAGACGAUGAGGAAUUUGAAGAAUUAAAAAAGAACAAUGAGGAUUCCACACAGUCAAUACAAUUAGUAGAAAAAAUCAACAUCAGAAGACGCAGAGGAACACGUUUAUCUCCAGCUCUGAUGGGGUUAAUGGGUGAGGCAAAUUUACGAUUUGCACGUGGAGAUAUUGAUAUGGCUGAACGAAUGUGCCAUGAAAUUAUCAAACAAUUACCUUCUGCUGCAGAACCAUACCAAACAUUAGCACAAAUAUAUGAACAUGAUAUCGAAAAAUCUUUGCAGUUUUUAUUAUUAGCUGCUCAUUUGAGUCACUCAGAUGCAGAGCAUUGGUGGAGACUGGCUGGAAUGUGCAAACAAGUGAAUGAUGUAAAACAAGAAAUGAUUUGUUAUAGUCAGGCAAUAAAAUCUGAACCACAAAAUUUUGAGGCUCAUAUGAAAAGACUUGAAUUUCUAACAAAAUUAGAGGAAACUAAAUAUCCACUCAACACUUUAAAUAUUACAAGAGUAAAAUGUUAUCAUAAGAUAGUUAAUUGUUUUUCAUCAAGUGAAGGAGAAAUUUUAAUGAAGUAUGCAAAACUGGCAGCCACUAUGUAUCAUAGUACUUCAGAACCUGAAAAGGCAGCUGAAGUUAUGUUUACAGCAUAUAAGAAAUGCUCGUCACUAUUCACCCUUGCAGAUAUAAAUAUAUUACUCGAGUUACUUAUUUCACAAAAACAAUACCACUCAUGUAUAGAUAUCUUUGUAUCUAAUAUAGGUGUUGAAAUUGAAGCUGAAAUACAAACAGUCAAGAACGCUAAUGAUGAAAUAGAGGAGCAUACUAAUUACUUAAGUUGUACCACACCUGGUAAUUUGGCUGUGGAUUUGAAAAGUAAAUUAUUAGUAUGUUUCAUUCACUUAGGAGCUUUCAGUCUUGUACAAAAUUUAUUAAAUGAUUUUUUAAAUAGUGAUGUCGAAAAAGCUGGAGACCUUUAUAUGGAUAUAGAGGAAGCUUUUUCAUCAGAGGGUCAUUAUGAGAUGGCAAUUAAGCUACUGGAGCCUCUCGUAGAAAAUACUAAUUUUGAUCUAGGAGCUGUUUGGCUUAAAUAUGCAGAAUGCUUACUCAAAUUGGGCAGAGAAGAUGACGCUAUGCAAGCAUACUACAAAGUAUUAAAACAUGUACCACAGCACCCUGAUGCUUGUAGAAAACUUUUCACAAUUUUAAAAGACCGAGGUGAGAUAACAGAAGCAUUAAAAAUUUUACAACAAGAUUAUAAGUAUGUAGUUAGUGCUAGUUUAUUGUAUGAACAAUGUAAGUUGUUAAAAAGUCAAAAUGAUCUACUAAAAUACUUAGAAGACGCUACGUUGUAUCCAAUUUUGAGGUUACUGAUGCCACAGUGUGAGCGGGAAAGAAAUGCGUAUAAUUUAAAGGAAAAAAAGCUUGGAAACUUGUUAGUAAAAGUUUUAUCACUGACUCCGCAGUCACCAGAUGCUCAAAAAUUAACAAACUUCAGUUCCGUUCACAGUUCAUCCCAGGAGGGUGAUUUCGCUGGCAUAGCAUAUUUUGUUUUGAAAAGUAGAUUUGUUCAGAAGUCGUCAAUUUUAACAAUAGGUGAUAUUAAUGAAAUUCUUGACAAUAUUGCGAGGGCCGAUGUCGAUAAUAAAGGAGUGCUUUUGGAUGAAGUCUUUAGCUAUGCUAUAAAAAAAUUAACAGCACUGGAAUUCAAAUGGUUCUUGAGAAUUAUACUAAAAAACUUAAAACUAGAAAUGAGUGAAAAUCGAAUAUUAGCAACUUUUCACCCAAAUGCAGUGGAUCUUUAUCAAAACUGUACAAACCUACUGAAGGUCUGUGAGGAAUUAAAAAACAGUGAUGUUCCGUCUGGAACUAAGAGUUCGGAUGAGGUCGGUGUUAAGUUGUUCUUCGCUGUGAAACCGAUGCUGUCUGAACGACUGGACGUGACAGAUGUUCAUAAGCUUUCUGCUAAUAUCACGUACCACGUAGAAGACAAAUUUGAUGGCGAGAGGUUCCAGAUACACAUGGAAAAUGGUAUAUUCGAAUAUUUUUCGAGGAACAGCUUCACGUUUUCAAAAAAUUAUGGAAGAACUUAUGAUUCUGGAUCAUUGACGCCAUACUUAAAAGACUGCUUUUCGUCUGAUGUUCGUAAUUUUAUUAUAGACGGUGAAAUGAUGGGAUGGCAUAAGGAAGAUCAAUGCUUUGGAUGUAAAGGAAUGUCAUACGAUAUCAAGAAGAUAACGGAUAAUUCAUCGUUUCGUCCAUGUUUUUGCGCUUUCGAUAUUUUAUAUUAUAACGGAAAAUCGCUCAUUGGUUCUUCGCAGAAUGGCGGCAUGCCACUGAAUGAGAGACUCGAGAUAUUGGACUCACUGUUCAUUGACGUACCUGGCGUAAUACAACACAGCAAACGGACUAUUGUUAAAAACAGUACAGACAUCUUGGACGCCUUGAACGCCGCCAUCGACAACCAAGACGAGGGUAUCGUUGUCAAAGAUGUGAAAUCAUAUUACUGUCCCAACAAGCGCAACGCGGGUUGGUACAAAAUUAAACCCGAGUACACCGACGACACUAUGGAGGAUUUGGAUUUAGUAGUAAUUGGUGCCGAUGAAGCUGAAAACAAAAGGCAGGGCCGCGCUAAGAGCUUUCACGUUGCUUGUAUCGAUGUCAGGCCAGACGGGCUGGCGCGCUACGUGUGCGUGGGGCGCGUGGCGGGCGGGCUGUCGCGCGAGGCGCGCGCGCGCGUGUGCUCGCAGCUGGAGCGCACGUGGCGCGCCUCGCGCCGCGCGCCGCCGCCGCCCGCGCUGCUCUUCAAGGAGCUGCCCGACUUCUGGCUGCCGCCGGAACACUCCGUCGUCUUCCAGGUGCGUGCCACAGAGCUGGUCCGCAGCGCGGGCCCCGGCGCGCGGUACACGCUGCGCUUCCCGCGCGUCGUGCGCGUGCGCAGCGACAAGCCCGCCGCCGACGCCAUGACGCUGCAGGAGUUCGACAAACUCGUCGACACAAGAAGUCCAGUAAUCAAAUUGAGCAAAAAGCGUGUGCACGAGUCUCAACUAAAUCAAGUUUCGACAACGCUUCGCAAACGUACCGCGAACGUGCUGCAAGUUUCCGAACGAUUCCGAACGAAAACGGCCGGCGAUGUACCAGUUGUUUCCAGGGCUCUACUGGAUAGGAAACUGUGCAUCAUUUCUGAUGAAGACGACUGCAAGAAAGUCGACUUGAUACGAAUUAUAGAGUCGCACGGUGGGAGACAUGUUGAAAAUCCUGGUCCAGACACGUGGUGUUGCAUCGUUGGGAAACCGACGCCUUUAGCCAAGAAACGAAUAGAGUUACAGGAGUUGGAUAUAAUAACUGCCUCCUGGCUUCGCUCGCUCCCCAUCUCGGAUACGUCUUGCUCCUUGUGUCCUUUACAUAUGUUGUCUAUCAAGAGAGGCACAAGACAGCAGUUAAGCGUAAGGUACGAUUCGUUCGGAGACAGCUACAAGGAUGAAAUAGAUGAAAGUAUUUUGAAGAAAUGUUUGCAAAAUAUGGAACCAUCAAUAUAUUUAACAACAAAGGAGAAACUGAAACUAGAUAAACGUCUGUUCGGCGAUGACAAUCCAUUCUCGUUCCUGAGAAGCUGCACGUUACACAUUAUAGGAAAGCCUGUACACGUGUUAUUAGCGAAAAUGUACGGAGCCAGCAUCAGCGAUGAUUUCUCAACUUUGACCCAUUUUGUUAUACCUAAAGAUACAAGGAGUGAAGAUUUAGAAGCUUAUAAAAUAAAAGUAAAUGCAAAAAUAGUAUCUACUGAGUGGUUGAAGAUGUGCUUUCAUAAUAAAAGACUUGUGAAUGAAAUGGAAUAUUUAAUUUAAUAUUGAUUAAAUAAAUAUAUAUUUGUGUAUUA